GACUAUACUGUCUUGGCGGGAAAUUCUAGGAUAAUUUUGGAAUCGUGGACUUGCAACCCUGAUUUCAAAUUGCGUAAGUGAGGUUAUGUUUAUGCAUUUUCGCGCCCUUCUACAAGUUUCGCCUAAAAUGGCACAACGGAGUAUAACGUCUUUCUUUACGAAAAGCCCUGUGGCCUCUAAAAAACCAGUUGUAGCAUCUUUUGGAAGUGAUUCUCCCAAAAAAUCAAAUGGAACUGCCAUAGAGGACUCGCCAAUAAAAGCUACCACCAAAAGAAAGAGGGUUGCCGCAAUUGAAAGUGACAGCGAAGAUGAGGCAAAGCCUGGACCCUCCUCAAAAAGCUCUCCUGUCAGUAAGAAGGUAGCUCAAGAUAAGAAGGAAGAGUCUCCAGAACCGUCUUCUUCAAAAUCAGUGAAAAAUGUCACAGACAAGUCUCCCAGAAAAUCAUCUCCUGCUUCUACGCCGGCUGAGACACAGGAGAAAACCUCAAAAUCGCCACUUUCAACUUAUGAACGAAAAACAGCAAAUGUUAAAAAGUACAAAGGACCUGGUCUCCUGCCUGGAAUUGCGAAAGUUUUGGAAGAAGCGAGGAAGAAAGAUGAAGCUUUAUCAAAAACCUUUGAUGCGUUGAAAAACUCACCAGCCACUGAGGACGCUUCUAGUAGUGCAGCACAAGAUGCUCUGAUGAGUGAUGUGAAAGAGAAAACUAAUAUUCCAAAAGAUAAUGAUAAAACUGUUAAAGCAGAGGAGGAAGUUUCAGAUGAAGAAAAUGUUUCAAAAGUCGAUAAAACAUGGACUGAAUAUGAGAAAGAGCUCAAUGAAAAUUUUGAACUCAUGCAAAAAGCACGCAAAGCGUUACAUUCCUACAACAGGAAGAAUGAUAUCGCCUGUGCCAAAUUGAUGGCAGGCUCAUUGUCAGACAAAGAUUACCAGCCAAAUGAUGCAGAAGAGGUUGCCAUCUUAGAUUAUGUCACAGAUAGGAUUUUGGGGAAGAAGUGUAAGGCGGACAUAGCCGCUAUGGCAUUCAUUGAACCUCGGAAUUCCUUAGAUAGACUCCUCUGUGGUAUAGAUGAAGCUGCAUCUAAAUUAAAAAGUCCUCAGAGCAGCAGCAAAAAAGGAGCAUCAACGCCUAAGACUACAUCUGCUAAAACAUCAAAAACCAAAACUUCGUCCACAAAGAAGGUAUCUAAAACAAAGGCGGAGAGUGCUAAAAGACGUAAGCCUGGAGAAACAAUUGCUGACAAGCAGAAGCGGCUGAAGGAAGAAAAAGAGGAAAAGAAGGAAGAAGAAAAAGAGAAUAAAUCUGAAAAGGAUGAGGAUGACAAGGCUGGUAAAGAAGAGACAAAGAACAGCAAAACUCCCAAAAAAAUGCAUAGCUUUUUUGCUCCCAAAGGAGGUGGCAAAGAAUGUGAACAGAAAGACUCCUCAGCUGAAACUUCUCCACAAGGCAAAGGAGCCACCUUAGUAUCAACCAAAAUUCCUGGUGCUAAUUACGAUCCAUCAAAGGAAAAAUAUCAUCCAAUCGAUGACGCAACUUGGAAACAGAAUGAAAAAGUUCCUUAUAUGGCCCUUGCUUGUACAUUAACUGCUAUCGAAGGAGUCUCUGCAAGACUGAAAAUGAUCAGUAUACUAGCCAACUAUUUCCGAUCUGUGAUUGUCCUCUCUCCAGAUGACCUUUUGCCUAGUGUUUACAUGUGUUUGAAUCAACUCGGGCCAGCUUAUGCUGGCAUCGAACUUGGAGUUGCGGAAAGUUAUUUAAUGAAGGCUAUAGCGCAGUGCACAGGGCGGUCAGUACCUCAGAUCAAAUCUGACGCAGAGAAAUUUGGUGAUUUAGGAAUCGUCGCUGAACAGAGUCGAAGUAAUCAGAGGAUGAUGUUUCAACCUGCACCUUUAACCGUGAGAGGUGUUUUUGAGAAGAGGAAGGAUAUUGCUUUAAUGACUGGACAUGCUACAAUGACAAAGAAAAUAGAUAAAAUUCAAAGUAUGUUCGUAGCCUGUCGACACACAGAAGCCAGAUUUUUAAUACGAUCAUUUGCUGGGAAACUGAGGAUUGGCCUAGCUGAACAAUCAGUGCUUCAGGCAUUAGCGUCGGCGUGCACAAACACACCUCCAAAUCAAGAAUAUCCGCCAGAAAAAAUAUCCGUUGCCCAGAAAUUAUCACCUGAAGCAUUCAAAGAACUUGUCGAAGAAGAGGCUCAAGUCCUCAAAACUACAUACUGUGAGUGUCCAAAUUAUGACAUGAUAAUUCCUGUUAUUCUCAAACACGGUAUCAAAGCUCUACCGGAACACUGCAAAUUAACCCCUGGAAUUCCGCUGAAACCUAUGUUGGCUCAACCUACCAAAGGUGCUAGUGAAGUACUCACCCGCUUUGAAGGACUCAAGUUCACAUGUGAAUACAAGUAUGAUGGAGAAAGAGCCCAGAUUCACUUACAAGAAGAUGGCAAAAUUAGUAUUUACAGUCGGAAUCAAGAAAACAACACAUCAAAAUAUCCAGACAUCAUAUCAAGGCUGAAGGCAGCCUUGGGUCCUGAAGUCAAAUCGUGUGUCCUAGACACAGAGUCGGUAGCAUGGGAUAGAGAAAAUAAGAAAAUUAUGCCUUUCCAAGUACUCAGUACACGUAAAAAGAAGGAUGCUAAUGAGGCUGAUAUCAAAGUUCAAGUUUGUGUAUUCAUGUUUGAUUUGCUGUAUUUAAAUGGGAAGCCUCUCAUUCGAGAACCGUUCAUCGAAAGGAGACGAUUAUUAAGGGAAAAUUUUAAAGAGGUCGAAGAGCAGUUUCUUUUCGCAAAGUCAUUAGACACUAAUGUAUUAGAAGAAAUGCAAGAAUUCCUUGAGGAGUCUGUCAAAGGUAACUGUGAAGGAUUAAUGGUGAAAACAUUAGAAGAAGAGGCAACAUAUGAAAUAGCUAAACGAUCAAGAAACUGGUUAAAACUCAAAAAAGAUUACCUUGACGGCUGCGGUGAUACUUUAGAUGUAGUCGUGAUCGGUGGAUAUCUUGGCCGCGGCAAACGGACUGGAGUCUAUGGAGGCUUCUUGCUUGCUUGCUACGAUGCUGACAACGAAGAAUAUCAGAGCAUAUGUAAAAUUGGCACCGGUUUCUCGGAUGAAAUGUUGGUGCAACACUCAGAGUUCCUAAAGAAUCACAAGAUCCAUGAGCCGAAAUCCUAUUACCGCUAUGAUUCGUCAUUGGAGCCGGAUCAUUGGUUUGAUGCUGUCCAAGUAUGGGAAAUCAAGUGUGCAGAUCUCUCAUUAUCUCCCAUUCAUCGAGCAGCAAUUGGAAUUGUUGAUCCAGAAAAAGGUAUUUCUUUAAGGUUUCCAAGGUUUCUGAGGAUCCGUGACGACAAAUCAGCUGAAGAUGCCACUAAUGCUCAGCAGGUUGCAGAUCUGUACAAAAAUCAAGAUCAAAUAAAGAACCAAGAAGGACAGGGUAAAAAAGUUUCAGAGGAAGAUUUUUAUUAAUUCUCAUUUGUUAUUUUUCGGUUUUCUACCUGAAAAAAGACUGAAAGAAAGAGUGUAAAUUUUUUAACUGCAAUUGGCCGUAAGUAAAGUUAUUUUCAAUUUUUUUAACCGUCUCUCAUAUUUUGCUAAUUCAAAUUAAAUGUUUAUGUGUAAAUAUUUUAACGUCGUUGUUCCGCAAAUUCAAGUCAUUUUCAAAAUUGUAAUGAGUAUCUCUCAUUUUUUGCCCAUUCAAAUUAAAUGUAGUAAUUUUCUGUAUUUGACAUACAAGUAUAAAUAGUAAAAAUAAAAACUUAUGAAUAGAAA